AAAACGGAUCGAUUGUGAUUGGUCCCCCCCCCCCUGAAUGAAGACGGGUCAUCAUCCACCCACCUCGGCUUUGAUUUGACGAGCGUCUUGGGUCACGAUAACGUCUGCCAGUCAGCCUAUAUAAGCACCAGAAAGUUUUCCAAACACCCAGCAAAACCCAAAGUCUGUCGCCGACCAAGAGCAGAAGAAGGAAGCUUUGCCGUUUCAGCUUUGCGUAAAGAAGUGCCAAAGCGGUUCCAGACAUGGAGAGGUCCGUCAGAUUUGCCGUGGUGUGCGUCGGAGUGUCACUGCUCAUCUCCUGUCGCCCGGUCGAAGCCUGGUACAAGCAGUCGACCGGGCCCAGUUACUACUCGGUGGGUCGCGCCUCCGGUUUGCUGUCCGGCAUCAGGAGGUCGCCGUACGUCCGGAGGGCCGAGACGGAGGAGACGCUGAUGGACAGCGGGGAGACAGCAGGCAACAACGUGAUCCCAGAGACUAACCGGCAGGUCUCCCUCCUCAAAAACAUGGCCAUCUGUGUGAAGGACAUCUCCCCGGACCUGAAGAGCUGCGAGCUGCUGCGGGACGGGACGGGCACCUUCCAGUGCAAGGCGGACGUCUUCCUCACCCUGGACUCCCUGGACUGCCUGUCCGCGUGAGUCCCGGCCGGACCUCGUCCUCCACCGAGCCCCGGGAGCGCUUCUGUGCAAAUCGACAAACGAAGGGAGGGAAAAACCACGGAAACGAGGGAUGGAUGAGUGUGUUGGCGCAGAAGAAAACCCGGUCAUGUACCGACGAUGGACCGCUGCAGACUCUGAAUGUGCUCUCAUUUAAAAACACUGUUCAAUUUUGUGCUUUGGUUGCUUAGACAGGUGCGUAAAAGAAAAAUAAAUAGAGAUGUAAAUUGAAACCAUUUCCUUCCCAGAUCGAUCCCUAUAUCUUACUGUUAAACCCCUGACAUGUACCCACCGUUGCUAAAGUGUAUUAAAUGUCCUGCAGAGCAGAUUUCCUGGAAAGUACUUUUAUUUAUUUUUAUCUAUUAAAAUGAACAAACACUGGUAA